AGGGGGCAGAGUAAACCUUAUUAAGUCAUGGUUUCAAGCAAGAAUAAAAGCAAAAGAGGAGCAGCCAAAACUCAGAAAGAGGGACAACAUGGAUCCAAACACGACGAUUCUGCGGGUCAAGAGAAAAAGGGGGACUGAUCCCGCAGAUGCUUUGUUGCUGGCGUGUAAGCGUAUCCGUCCAGAGUCGUCUCAGAGUCCAGCAGAGACAGUCCCGGAGCCCGAUGAGGCCGAGGUGGAGAACUCUGUCUUCAAACUCGUGGCAACCGUAGCGACUCAGGAUGCUCCAGUUCAGACGCAGGUCCGACAGGCUCUGGCUCGGCCUCGCAUGGCCCAUGCGUUGCGGCCCUCUGCCACCAGCUCCCAGCGGAUAGUUGGAGACCUUCGGAGCUCGAAGUGGAGCACUCGGAGAGAGGAACGCUACAGGAUACUGUCCAGCCAUCGCGCAGGGCUGUCGAGCCCAGCUGAGCAGCAGAGCCCCCAGUUGGCCACUCCUGAAGGCGGAGAUGAGAUGGGGAAGGAGCAGCAGAAGAUUUGGGUCUUGGGUGAAAUCCAGGUGGUUGAAUCUUGUACAUGAGGAUGUAGAAGAAAAGGACAAGUCCCCCACAAGACCCUGUCCUCAGAUCCAGAAGUGAUUCUGUGCAACAACACCAAGAUGCUGCGGGAGCGUCUGAACGUAACUGGAGAGAGACCCAGAGAGGAGCAUCGAGAGCAGGAUGCCGACUACGUCUAUGACCUUUACUCAGAGACGGUCACACCGGGCUGGAUCCAGGACAUCCUGUCUGUCAGAGCCUACGCCGAUGAGGGAGAACUGGUGCCUGACCUUGUGGUUCAUGAAGAGGAGGUGUACGAAGAUGAGGAUGAUGAAAACGAGGAAGGCAACUGGAGGAAUGAAUACCCAGAUGAAGGCAGCGAUGCAGACAGUGACAGAGAGGAGCGCUAUGGUGGUUACUGGGAGGAGGAGCACUCGUACAGCCGGAGGAGCUGGGAGCGCUACCAAAGGGAGGUGCUGAAUGAGCUGGGCUGCAGGGGUGCUGAUGAAGAUGAGGAUGAAGGAGAUAAAUAUUCAGAUUCCGAUUGAUUUGUCUCCUAACCCCCACCUGUCAAUGGAUCCUUCCCAGCACCCUUUUUACCAAUAACACAACGUUCCUCAGACCUCUGUGUAGGUGAGAAUUAAGGGGAGACAACGGCAGAAACACUUGAAAAUGUACUCCAUUAAUGUGUAGCACUCCUCAGAUUUUAUUGAAUUAUAAUGAAAUUGGGUGAAAUUAAUUAACACUACCCAACAUAUUAACAUUCCCUUGUCAACUAUUCAAAUCCCCCCCCCUUUUUUUGCAUCAUUUUGUGUUGAGUAAUGCAGGACAUACAGCAGGCUGUGAACUUUACAUACUGACUCCAUUAAACGUUAAAGUGUUAAUUAGAAAAAAACAUGUCAGAUCACCUAGUUACUGUUAUUUGCAGCCAGUAAGUCUUUUAAACCAGAACAGGAUUUCGUACAGACAUCUCCUCCUCCAAAAAUAGUCUCACAUGAAAAGUUGAUGCUUUUCUAAUGAUGCUGAGCAAUUAUACAGCCAAGCUGAUGCUAGCUUUAGCCCACAAGCUGACUUAAAUAAGAUAAACAUUGUAUUUAGAUCGAACCCUUAACCAGAUGCAGGGAUUUAAAACAAGUAGGAAGUGGUUGGCUGGAUAUUUUUUUAUGUCCAGCACAUCCAACGCUCUCUUGAAAUCUAACUCAAAAUUCUGAGCUGGGUACAUGCCAAACCCAGCAUAUUCACCCGCUACAUUUAAUUGUCAGUUCACUUAAAUUGCCCAAAACACAAAGUCUGUACACAAUCAACGUUUCAGAUGUUUCAGAGAUCUUGUGUUUUAUUUUAGAGUGAAUUCCUCUCUCUACUACACAGAGUGAAGGAGUUUGUGAUCUUCUCAGUUGGAUCCAGUGUCUUUUUUUUUUUUUUUUUUCCUUUUUUAACUGUGGUGGAGUGAACUUGUGUGUGGGUGUUGUGUUCAAAGUGAAUGUGUGUUAGAAAUGUUGCAUAUUAGUGUUAAAUGCCUGGUAUGCUUUGUGCUGUUAACACUUCUGUUAGUGAGACGUCUUGAGCUGAGUGUGUACGCAUUUUGUGCAUGGUAGUGUGUGUAGGUAUAACUGUGUGUGUUAAGGUUUUUUGCAUAAUGUGAGUGUGCUGCAUAAGUUUUGUGGUAUGUGUGGUUCAGAAUUUCUUGGAUUGUUUCUCUUGGAUGCUUGUUGAAAGAAACUUUUGUAAAUAUGUAGAUGUGUAUAAAAAGAAAGCUUUCAAAAUAAACUUCAAACAUCUGUGUUAA